AUUCCUAGCUACCGUGUAUGUAACUUUGCAGCCAUGUGAUGCUGAAGCUUCUUGGAAAAAGAAGAGGAUUAUGAACCAUCGCACGUCCAUCGCCACCCCUAUAUAUACCCAUGAAACGUUUGAGAACAAACUCCAUGCCCAAACACACCAGUCGAUGCAUGCAUGCACAAUUGCACACUGACACUGCUACCAAGCAAGCCAGCCACUAACGGCAAUUAACAGCAGCAGCACCGCCACCGCCAGCACCAGUUCCUGAUAUCUCAUCUGUGCAUUGUGUCGAUCAAUUAUUUAAGCUGAAUUUCUUGAUCGUUUGGAGAAGAUGAAGAAGGCCUCCAGGUUCUUGAAGCAGCUCUUCUCCACCGUCGUCGCGACGGUGAAGGCGGGGUCCACGGCGGUCGGCACCAAGGCGGGCUCCCUGACGACACGCCUCAUCGUCCUCCGCAUCAUGCGCAACAAGAAGCUCCUGGUCAGCGCCAUCCAGAGCAAGAUCCACGCCACCAUGGGCGGCGGCGGCGGGGGUGGCAGUCAGGGCGGCCACGGCAAUGCGGUGGCCAGCCACCACGGCGGGAUUAAUGAAGGCGCAGGCCUUGACGCCGGCGGGCACGGCGACAACAACGUGCACCCCCUCACCGGUGGCAGUAGGAAGGCAGCCAUGCUGCAGAGCCUGCCAAGCUUCGUCGUGGAGCAGGAGACGAGGGCCGUCGUGCUGCUUAGCAGCCUGCCGAGCUUCGCAUUGGAGCGGGACGGCGGCGAGGAGGAGGUGGAGGACAGCGACGUUGAACGCGAGAAGCAGGUUGUUGCCAACGCGGCACCGCCGGGGUCGGCGAUCGAGCUGGCGCGCGGCGCGGCGGAGGGCUGCGGCAGAGUGUUCAGGCUGGAGGACGAGAUCGACCGCGUGGCCGACGUGUUCAUCCGGAGGUUCCACGACCAGAUGAAGCUGCAGAAGCUCGAGUCCUUCAAGAGGUUCUGCGAGAUGGUCGAGAGGGGCACCUGAAUAUCAAUCCGUGGUCGCUCCUCGCUACCGAUCAAUUAUUAACUGGUGUUGCGCCGCAUGGUAAUGGUUGCAAUUAGAGCCUGGGGUGUAGUUACUUAGAAUAAAUGACAAGAAAUUGAGUUUGUUUCUUGGAGUGAAGUUGGAGGGUAUUUGAAAGAGAGAGAGAGAGAUGUACACAUGCUCCUUUUUUAGGGAAAAUUGGUGUACUCGAUCAAGCCGUAUAACGGCCAUGAAAAUGCUUGUUCCUAUGUCCCGUUUGGGAUGCGGGUUG